AAAUCUUGUCUGCUCGUUUCUACGGCUGGCUCCAGGGAGAACUCCCCCUAGAGCUGUAAGGCGAAACUUCAUCUCCAGGUGCAAUGCCUCGCCCGUCGAGAUCGGAUGAGCUGGUUUUCUUUGUGAACGGGAGGAAGGUGAUUGAGAGGAAUGCAGACCCAGAAGUCACUCUCUUGAGCUUCCUAAGAAAGAACUUGCGCCUCACCGGAACCAAGUACGCCUGCGGAAGAGGAGGCUGCGGUGCCUGCACCGUGAUGGUGUCUAGGCGAGACCCCACGUCCCAGGAGAUAAGACACUUGUCUGUCACCGCCUGCCUGGUGCCCAUCUGCUCUCUGUAUGGGGCUGCUGUCACCACUGUGGAAGGUGUUGGAAGCAUCAAAACCAGGCUUCACCCCGUGCAGGAGAGGAUUGCCAAGAGCCACGGUACCCAGUGCGGCUUCUGCACCCCUGGGAUGGUGAUGUCCAUGUACACGCUGCUGAGGAACCACCCACAGCCCUCUGAGGAGCAACUGCUGGAAGCCCUGGGGGGUAACCUGUGCCGCUGCACUGAGUAUCGGCCAAUUCUCGCAAGUGGGAAGACCUUUUGUUUGGAGUCAAAUGGCUGUCAACAGAAAGGAACAGGAAAAUGCUGCCUGGAUCUGGGAGAAAAUGAUUCUUCCUCGCUUGGCAGGAAAAGUGACAUUUGCACAGAGUUAUUUGUGAAAGAGGAGUUCCAGCCCUUGGACCCUACCCAGGAGCUCAUAUUUCCCCCGGAACUCUUGAGAAUGACAGAGAACCCAGAAAAACGAACCCUGACCUUUCACGGAGAGAGGGUUACUUGGAUCUCCCCUGGGACCUUCAAAGACCUCCUGGAGCUGAAAGCAAAACACCCAGAAGCCCCGCUCAUCCUGGGCAACACAUCACUGGGACCUGCCAUGAGAUCUAAAGGAUGUUUUCACCCAAUUCUCCUCUCUCCUGCUAGGAUUUCUGAGCUGAAUGUGGUGUCUAAAACAAAUGAUGGACUGACCAUAGGUGCUGGCUGCAGUCUGGCCCAGGUCAAGGACGUCUUGGCUGAGAGGGUCUCCGAGCUCCCGGAGGAGAAGACCCAGACGUACCGAGCGCUGCUGAAGCACCUCAAGAGUCUGGCCAGCCAGCAGAUCCGGAACAUGGCUUCUUUAGGGGGUCAUAUUAUAAGCCGACAUAGCUACUCAGAUCUGAACCCAAUUCUGGCUGUGGGCAACGCUACCCUCAAUCUGACAUCAGAAGAAGGCACACGGCGGAUUCCUCUAAGUGAACAUUUUCUUGCUGGGUUGGCAAGUGCAGACCUGAAGCUGGAAGAAAUUUUGGAGUCUGUGUAUAUUCCUCACUCUCAAAAGUGGGAAUUCGUGUCAGCCUUCCGACAGGCUCAGUGCCAGCAAAACGCCUUGCCCGACGUGAAUGCCGGCAUGCGAGUCCUCUUCAAAGAGGGCACAGACAUCAUCGAGGACCUGAGCAUCACCUAUGGAGGGGUCGGGGCUGCUACAGUCAGUGCACAUAAGUCCUGCCAGCAGCUCCUAGGGAGGCAGUGGGAUGAGCUGAUGCUGGAUGAAGCUUGCAGGCGGCUCCUGGACGAAGUCUCCCUCCCAGGCUGGGCUCCAGGUGGGAGGGUGGAAUUCAAGAGGACUCUGGUAGUCAGCUUCUUCUUCAAGUUCUACCUACAAGUUCUGCAGGAACUGAAGAAGCUCAUAAAGCCGUUCCCUGUGCCUAACAGCCGCCGUUAUCCUGAAAUUUCAGACCGAUUCCUGAGCGUUCUAGAAGACUUCCCGGGCACGGCUCCCCAGGGAGUCCAAAGGUACCAGAGUGUGGAUUCUCACCAGCCCCUCCAAGAUCCAGUCGGACGCCCUGUCAUGCACCUAUCAGGUCUCAAACACGCCACCGGGGAGGCCGAGUUUUGUGAUGACAUUCCCAUGGUGGAUAAAGAACUCUGCAUGGCUUUAGUGACCAGUACCAGAGCCUAUGCAAAAAUCAUAUCAAUUGAUUUGUCCGAGGCCCUUGAAAUACCUGGGGUGGUUGAUGUGAUAACAGCAAAGGACAUUCCAGGCACCAAUGGCACUGAAGAUGAUAAACUGUUGGCCGUAGACGAGGUACUCUGCGUGGGCCAGAUCAUCUGUGCUGUGGUUGCAGAAACAGAUGUACAGGCAAAACGUGCUACUGAAAAGAUAAAGAUAACUUAUGAAGAGCUGGAGCCCAUAAUCUUCACCAUUGAGGAUGCCAUAAAACACAACUCAUUCCUGUGCCCUGAAAAAAAACUUGAACAAGGAAACAUCGAGGAGGCAUUUGAAAAAGUUGAUCAAAUUGUUGAAGGAGAGGUCCAUGUCGGAGGACAGGAGCAUUUUUACAUGGAAACACAGAGAGUGCUUGUUAUUCCAAAGACAGAGGACAAAGAACUGGACAUUUAUGUGUCAACACAGGAUCCAGCCCACGUGCAGAAAACAGUGUCCUCUACUUUAAACAUCCCCAUCAACAGGAUCACCUGUCACGUAAAGCGCGUGGGUGGAGGUUUUGGCGGGAAGAUAGGAAGACCGGCUGUCUUCGGGGCUAUUGCAGCUGUGGGCGCUCUCAAAACUGGUCACCCCAUCCGUCUUGUUCUUGAUCGUGAAGAUGAUAUGUUAAUAACUGGGGGAAGAUACCCAUUAUUUGGAAAAUAUAAAGUGGGAUUCAUGAACAACGGGCGAAUCAAAGCUCUAGACAUCGAGUGCUUCAUUAACGGAGGGUGCACGUUGGAUGACUCAGAGCUGGUAACAGAAUUUCUUAUCCUGAAGCUGGAAAAUGCAUAUAAAAUCUGCAACCUCAGGUUCCGGGGCCGUGCAUGCCUGACAAAUUUACCAUCCAACACGGCCUUUCGAGGGUUUGGCUUCCCCCAAGGAACCCUGGUAACAGAAUCAUGCAUCACAGCUGUGGCAGCCAAAUGUGGCCUUCCACCAGAAAAGAUUAGGGAGAAAAACAUGUACCGAACAGUUGAUAAAACCAUCUACAAACAAGCGUUCAACCCUGAGAGCCUGAUAAGAUGUUGGAACGAAUGUCUGGACACAUCUUCCUUUCACAACAGAAGAAAGCAAGUGGAAGAGUUCAAUAAGAAGAAUUACUGGAAGAAAAGAGGCAUUGCGGUGAUUCCCAUGAAAUUUUCAGUCGGCUUUGGUGCAACAAGCUAUCAUCAGGCAGCUGCGCUGGUUCAUAUUUACACUGACGGGUCUGUAUUGGUCACACAUGGAGGCAACGAACUGGGACAAGGUAUUCACACCAAAAUGCUACAGGUGGCCAGCCGUGAAUUAAAAAUACCCAUGUCUCACUUGCACAUCUGUGAAACAAGUACCGCCACGGUGCCUAAUACAAUCGCUACAGCAGCAUCCGUCGGAGCAGAUAUCAAUGGCAAAGCCGUGCAGAAUGCUUGUCAGAUCCUUCUGAAACGCCUUGAGCCCAUCAUUAAGAAAAAUCCAGAAGGUACCUGGGAAGAAUGGAUAGAAGCUGCUUUUGAACAAAGAAUCAGUCUUUCAGCUACUGGAUACUUCAGGGGCUACAAGGCCUUCAUGGACUGGGAGAAGGGAGAGGGAGACCCUUUCCCCUACUAUGUCUAUGGAGCUGCCUGUUCUGAGGUUGAAAUUGACUGCCUGACAGGAGCUUACAAAAAAAUCAGAAUGGACAUCAUCAUGGAUGCCUGCUGCAGUCUAAAUCCGGCUAUCGAUAUUGGGCAAAUUGAAGGUGCAUUUAUUCAGGGAAUGGGCCUUUAUACCACUGAAGAGCUGAAAUAUUCCCCAGAAGGUGUCCUGUAUUCUCGAGGCCCAGAUGAGUACAAAAUUCCAACCAUCAGCGAUGUCCCAGAGGAAUUUAAUGUCUCCUUGUUGCCAUCAUCACAAACUCCACUAACCAUCUAUUCAUCCAAGGGCCUGGGGGAGUCUGGGAUGUUUCUGGGGUCAUCCGUGUUCUUUGCCAUCACUGAUGCUGUGGCUGCAGCUCGCAAAGAAAGAGACAUAGCUGAGGACUUCACAGUGAAGAGCCCAGCGACUCCAGAAUGGGUUCGAAUGGCCUGUGCAGAUCGGUUCACAGAAAUGAUCCCAAGAGAUGAUCCUAAGACAUUUAAACCCUGGUCUAUUGCUGUAGCAUAACACUGGUGUCAUUGCCUUAAAGGAGUUUCAGUUUUUCACAAGUGAAAAGAUGGUUUGUUAAUGCUAACUGGACUCCAAACUGAUAUUCUUGUACUGUUGUGUGGGGGUGGGAGACACAAAAUUUAGAAAUGUUAUUCAGAUUUUAUUAUAUUAAAAAGAUGAAUCAUUACUUCCAAAUUGUUGACUUAGACCUUCUAGCCUAAAGGCCACCAAUCAAACACUGCACUUGUCACAGCAAGGAGCAUAACGUUGAUUUUUUCUGAAGAUAUCAUGUAAAUAUUGCUGUGAAAGCAAAAUUUCCCUUUGUGUACCCAUCCAAUCUAACCAAACUAGUAAUCCAGGUUACAAUUCUACAAUGAAACAUACUUCUCAGCGGAUGAACAUGUGAUUAGUUUUCCUAGAGAUGUGUUUGAUUCAGUUGUAAGGACACCAUAAAAGUCCUAAAGGUUUUGUAUCAUUUUGUUUUUACUGUGGAGUAGCUAUGGGCCUGUGUAUGUGCAUUGGACAGCAAAGGAAUAUUUUCCUCACGUAGGUCAGCUAUGCAACUGGUUAACAUUCUUUUGGAAUUUGGAGGGGAUAAACAAUGUAAAAACAUUUUUAAUAUAUUAUCACAAAACCCUUUAUUUUUUUUUAACUUGGUUAUGAAAAAGUAUCCACUCUGUUACCAGUUUCAGAAAUGCUUAAUUGCUCAGUUUUCCAUAUAUAGAAGUAGGUGCCAUGGAGCUGGACCAUAAAGAAGGUAGAAUGCCAAAAAAUUGAUGCCUUUGAACUGUGGUGCUGGAGAAGACUCUUGAAAGUCCCUUGGACAGCAAGGAGAUCAAACCAAUCAAUCUUAAAAGAAAUCAA